CCGUGUUUCCUGAGCCACAGCAGCCAAUGCGGGGUCUACUCUUCAUAUUACGUCUAUGCACUUGAACGCACUGCCGAAAGGAACUCUGGGAAAGAGGCAACAUGGCGCGAUGUUCAAAUUCUCCAAAUAAUUUUGAACUGAUGUCAGUUUGAGUUUUAUCCGCAGUCCGCCAUGAACGGAGGCCGAAGGCGGCUGGAGCCGCUGGCGGCGGCCGGACCUCCGAGGAGGAACCGCCUGAGCCGCAGCCUCAGACGGAGUCAGACGGGAGCGGCGGUGGUCCUGGAGUCCACCCGGAAUCGGAGAGAACCAGACUUCAAGACUCCCACCAGAACCAAACCCAGUUCGGUUCCGGUUCUGGGCCCGGACUCCCCGCACAACGACCUGGAUCUCCAGCAGGACAUCGUCUGGGACGCCGCGUCCCCGUCGCCCCGCCGAUCCGGAACAAGAGGGAAAAAGGCCGCCGCCGGAGGCGCCGUGAACAUCUCGGAGAUCGUCAGCAGGAUCGCUCCAAAGGUCAGCAGCUUCCGGUUGGGUCCUGUGGAACCGGGCCGGACCAGAACCCCGGCUAAUGUUCUGAUUGUGUCUGCAGCACAGCUCCCUGCUUCCUCCACCCCCCCCCACAGGGCCCGCGGGCCAAGAGGCGCUCUCCCAGAGUGACCGGAGUGGAGAACCUGCUGCGACUCGCCAGGCAGCUGGACCAGAACCUGUUCCAGAAC